UAUUUCGACUUUCCAAUUUUAAUUUGGUUGCGAGUCUGCUUCGAUGGGUUUAAUUCUCAGUAUUUUGGCGGAACGCAACACUCAUUAUGAUAAGAAAAAGCUAGAAUGGGUCAACUAUUGUAACAUGAAUCAGAUGGUAUAUUUUGAUAUUGGCUUUGAGACUGGAGUUCCCAUUGGAAGAGUGAUUAUUCAAAUGAAUGAAGCCCUGAAAAAGAACUUGACCGAAUUGUUCGUGAAAACUGCGAGAGGCGAAUUUGUUCAUCCAUCUUGUGGAAAGAAAAUCGAGUACACUGGAACCAUUCUUCAUCAAAUAUCAACUUCCAAGAAUAUGAUCAUGGGUGGGGAUGUACUUAAUGGAAAUGGAUGUGGAAGAUGCGCACCUGUCUCCCGUAAACUGUUCCAGGAAAACAACUUUUCAUCGACUGUUCAGAACACGCGCGGAAAAGUGAUUCUUCUACCGUCGGAUACCAACCCAACAGUUUUUUCGUCCCUUUUCUAUGUGCUUCUCGACAAAUCUGGUCCUUCCGUUGUCGAUGGAUGUCCAAUUGGAGAUGUCAUCGAAGGAAUUGAGAUUUUGGAAACAAUUGUUAAGGAAUAUGGAUCUGAAAAUGGCCGACCAGGAAAGAAACUGAUUGUUCACAAUUGUGGACACCUGUGAUUUUGAAUAAAUAUUUAAAAAUUAAUU